GCAGUCCAACGAGCACAAUCCAUAAGCAGUGAAGGCUAUUUCUUUAUGGAAUAAUUCCAGGCAGCAGAAAGAUUAUUGACGAUAAAUGGAGUGGUGUUAAUCUGUAGACAUGCUCAAGUAAACAAUUGGAGAUAUCUGGACGGAAGCCCAACACAAGCCAUUGAUUGCUUCAGUAGAGAAAAUGACAUCUGUAGAAUUCAAUAUGUGUGCGACGGAGUAAUAUACACCUAUGGUGGCAUCAAAACAGAGAUUACCAAUGGCAAAUAAGAUAGGGAAUGGAACUCAAAAUUAGGACAUCGGUCGAAGACAAUGCAUAAUUCAUGAGUAUUUCCAGUUCUUGGAAGUCUAUCUUUGGAAAACUGAAAAUACUGCUAUACAUUACAACAGACCGAAGAGAAGAAAAACAACAGUUUGAAUACUCUCCGAGUAUAGCCGAAGCCCACGAUCAGGAACGAGGCCUACGAGUAUCUCCGGCUGUGUCAGUAAAGUCACUCUCAGUAGUUGGUGCUACGUGGGAGAGAGUAGGAGAGACUUGACAUAUUUUUUUUUCCUCGACGCGAGACGCGACUGAAGGCCCCAGUGCUUUAAGCUUCAACCAAGUGCCUCAAUUCCUCGUAUCACUCCAUUAAAGCUACUUACAAACUAAUGUGUAUUCACAUAGGCCUUUAAAUACGUUAAUUGAAGUGAGCAUUUCAGUUGCCGUGAAAAGUGAUUUUUUGAGGUUUACUAACAUGCCGGUGUUUCACACGAAGACCAUCGAGAGUAUCCUCGAGCCUGUGGCACAGCAGGUCUCGCGGCUCGUGAUUCUUCAUGAAGAGGCUGAAGAUGGCAACGCUAUGCCUGACCUUGGCCGUCCUGUCCAGGUGGUCAGCAUGGCAGUGACAAAUCUUGUCAAAGUUGGAAAAGAAACAAUCAAUUCCUCGGACGAUGCGCUACUUAAGCAAGACAUGCCCUCAGCAUUGCAGCGGGUUGAGGGGGCUUCUAGGCUGUUGGAGGAGGCUUCAGCAUUGCUUAAACAUGAUCCGUACUCAGGACCAGCUAGAAAAAAACUGAUAGAAGGCUCUCGUGGAAUUCUCCAAGGCACGAGUUCCCUUCUUCUCUGUUUCGACGAAAGUGAAGUGAGAAAAAUCAUUCGUGAAUGUAAACGGGUAUUGGAUUAUCUCGCUGUAACCGAAGUGAUUGAAACAAUGGAGGAUCUUGUCCAUUUUUUGAAGAAUUUAAGCCCCUGUCUGAGUAAAGUUUCGCGUGAAGUUAGCGCGAGGGAGAAGGAAUUGACGCACCAGGUGCACAGAGAAAUUCUAGUCCGUUGUUUGGAUCAAGUCAAGACACUGGCCCCUAUUCUUAUAUGCUCGAUGAAAAUAUUCAUUCACAUUAUAUCACAAGGUGGCAAGGGAGCUGAGGAGGCAGCCGAAAAUCGUAAUUACUUAUCUGGGCGAAUGUCGGAUGAGUUGAAUGAAAUCAUUCGGGUUCUCCAACUUACUACUUAUGAUGAGGAAGAGUGGGAUGCUGAUCAAUUAACGGUUUUAAAGAAGGCUCAGAGUGCUAUUGAGUCUCGUGUACGAGCAGCACACGAUUGGCUCGACGACGGAAGGGCAAUGCGUGGUGGUGUCGGUGAAAAGAGUAUUAGACAAAUUAUUGAACAGGCAGAGAGGCUGGCUGAGAGAUAUUUACACCCAAUGCAGGCAGAACCCCUAAGAAAACUCGCUGGUGAAAUUUCAACUAUGACAGAUGCACUCUGUGAGCUUCGUCAGGAUGGCAAAGGAACUACACCACAAGCAGAGUCCCUCGCUCGUGGAAUAAAGGAUAAAUUGAAUGAACUCCGAUCGUCAGUGGCAUCUGCUCUUGUGGCAGCUGACAAGUCUGGGCUUGCUCAGACGGCGCACACAGUAGCUGGACGUCUUGAGCAGGCUAACAAGUGGUUAUUAAAUCCUCAACAAGAUGACAAGGGACUAGGACAGAGAGCCAUUGCCAUGAUUAUUCAUGAAGGCAAAAAGCAGGGUAUAGCCUAUGUUGCUGAGGGUCUGCCAGGCAUUCACAAAGCAGAAAUCCUCCAGUUAUGCGACGAAGUCGAUACUCUAUCCCAUCAACUGGCCGACCUCUGUGCUCAUGGUCAAGGCAACACUCCACGAGCUCAAGAAAUAGCUCGUCAAUUGUCGCAGAAACUCUACGAAUUGAAAAAUCGCAUUCAACAAGCGGUUGUCUCUCGAGUAGUCGAGGAUUUCAUCGACAUAACAACCCCAUUGAAACAAUUCACCGAUGCCGUCUUGAUCCCUGAGGGUACCCCAGGACGUGAACAGAAUUUCAAUGAAAAAACACACACUCUCCAGAGUUUCUCUAGCAGGGCAGCUAAAACCGCCAGAAUGGUGGCCGCUGGAGGCAGCGGAGGUAACAAAAAACUCGCUGAGGCACUUCUCACUAGUGCAUCACAAGUAGAAUCACUGACGCCACAGUUGGUCAAUGCUGGGAGAAUCAGGAUGAGCUAUCCAGAGAGCAAAGCAGCGCACGAGCAUUUUGAAAAUUUACGUCAACAAUUUGCUGAGACAAUGCAGAGAACCCGAGGUCUCUGUGAUGAAGCAACUGAUAGUGCAGAUUUUAUAAGAACUUCGGAGGAGCAGAUGCAAAAGCACGCUUUUCUGUGUGAAGAGGCCAUUGUAAAGCAACAUCCACAAAAGAUGGUGGACAAUACUGCUGCCAUUGCUAGACUAGCUAAUCGCGUUAUUCUUGUAGCUAAACAGGAGAGCGAUAACAGCGAGGAUUUACCCUAUAUACAAAGAGUCAAUCAGGCCACAGAUGUACUUCAGCACUCUGUAACACCUAUGGUGCAGGAUGCCAAGUCUGUAGCUAUGAAUAUAACGGAUGGACCUGCUAUUUCAAGGUGGAGGGAGAGCAAUCGAGCGUUGCUCAAUAGUGUGGGACAAGUUCGAAGGGCUGUUCACACAGAUCAAAGGACAUCUCCAGACUUGUCGCAAUUACGGAUUAAUGAUGAGGCUAAAGUGCCACCACCUAGGCAUACGUUUUUCGCUGAUAAAGUGGGUGAACCGCUGAGAAAUCAGCCGUCUCCCAGCAAUUUGAAAGCGAUCAGUCCUAUCCUGGGUGGCGGAAAACCACAGCACGGCUCUGUUAGUCCUCUACCCAAAUGGGCACGCGGAGGAGAUAACCCAGCUCUUCUAUACGAGGAACUAGCGUCUGAUGAUGUUGACAAAUCGCCUCACGUAGGAGGACACUACGAUAAUAAUUAUCGGAAUGAGGAGGACGAUGAUAUGGCGCCACCGAGGCCUCCACUACCCGGCAGUGAUGUGGCACCCCCACGUCCUCCACCUCCGGAAACUGACGAUGAGGACGAAAUGUUCAUGCAUGCACCUCAACCAAAUCAACCUAUCAUGAUGGCUGCUCAUGGUCUUCAUCAAGAGGUGCGUCAAUGGUCUAGCAAGGACAAUGAUAUUAUUGCAGCAGCAAAGAAAAUGGCAAUUCUCAUGGCAAGACUGUCUGGGCUUGUCCGAGGUGAAGGUGGCAAUAAGCGUGAUUUAAUCGCGUGUGCUAAGGACAUUGCUGAAGCUUCACAGGAGGUUACUCAUCUUGCUAAAGAGCUUGCCCGAGAAUGCACGGACAAGCGUAUCAGAACGAAUUUAUUACAAGUGUGCGAGAGAAUUCCCACUAUUGGAACUCAAUUAAAAAUCCUGUCAACGGUAAAAGCUACGAUGCUAGGUGCUCAAGAAAUGCUCCCCACCUGGGAAGAGCUGAUGCUAUAUGAUGAAAUUAUCGGAUGCAGUACUGAGGAGGAUCAAGAGGCAACUGAUAUGCUAGUUGGCAAUGCCCAAAAUUUGAUGCAGAGUGUAAAAGAAACAGUCCGUGCUGCUGAGUGUGCCAGUAUUAAAAUUCGUACAGCAUCGGGAAUGAAAUUACGCUGGGUAAGACGUCAGCCUUGGUACCAAUACUAAAUCUAGCAUCAUCCGUCUUUCAUUCGCCGACACAAUUCGAUCCACUGCAGAACAGUACAUCUACCAUUUUCCAUGAGUGGAAUAUGACGACUACUUGAAAUAUUAAUUACAUCAAAUAAAAUCCAUCCAAGAGUUCACACAGGCUUUCGUAUGAAUAAUCAACUUAUAACUGUAUUAUUAAUAGUUCAUCAAUUAAUUUCACCUUUCUGAGAUCUACAGAGGACAGCAGAGUAAACUCCGUCUUAAAAUUUAAAGUUCUAAACUUAAAAAAUUGUCGUUGUUUAUAUACUGAAGUAAUGAAGAUAAUGGAGUCUCCAUUGUGGGGUUCCAAUAAGACAGUCUUAAUAAUAAUUAACCAUCAUAAUUAGUUUAACAAGGUAUUUAGUAAAAGUUAUGGUAAAAUUUCACUGAUGAAUUGACAUCCAUAUUGAACUUUCAUUAUUUGAUCUAUGCUUCACUUUUACGAGAAAGGUUCAAUAAAAAAUAGAUCAAUAAAAUCAGCUGCAUUAAAAUAAAUUAGUUCUAUAAACUUUUUCUAAUGAAUAUCUUGUACAGGACAUUUCAAUGAAAGUGGUAAAAAAUUACUAGAAUGUUUAAUAGAAAUCUAACUAAAAUUUUUUGUUCGUGAUAACCUAUGGCCUAAGUGAUCAUUAUUACUCAAAUUUUCGCGCUCGCAAUUUGACCACUAUUUAGUCUGGCCUUAAAAUAUGAAUUAUUAAUAGUUCGUGAUCAACAGAAACAUCAUAUUUACAACAUUGAAGAAUUUUUUCAAUGGUAUUUUUCCACUGAUACACGAUUUCAAUAUUCUGCCUUAGACGAAUUUCUCAUCUAUUUUUGUAAGAAUCCCUGUGUGUUAACAAUUUUUAAUUUUUUAAUUGAUAUAUGAACAAAAAAAAAAUUGUUUAUUUUUUUGAAUUCCUAGAUCUUCCAAACAAAGUUGGUGCUUAAUGGUAGUGCAAUAGAAAUAUUUCAUGAUGAUUCUGUCCAAACUAAAACAAUCGCCUAGUUUAUGACCAAUAUUAUAUAUUUUUCAAUUCAUCUAUUGGAUUGUUUAAUUAAUUUUCUAUUUAUUGUAAUCAAUGAAAUAUCAUUCAUUAAUGUAAGAAACAACGAUGAAUAUUGCCAUAAUAAAUUAAUUUCGUGGAUUUA